UUUUCUAUAGAUACGGCGUACCUGUCGUACAUUAUUUGCAUAUGAAAAGCCACAUGCCAUUGUGUGAAUUUGAUGGAAGUUUGUGAUCGCUGUUUUACUGGUUUAAAUCAUUUGUGCACAUUCUUUUAAUUCUGAAUUGUAGAUAAUAUAUUUUCAAAAAUGUGUUCUGCAGGCUGAAAAUGGAUUGAAAACAAAUAUUGACUUGUUUUGUUUAUGUUUUCGAUUGCUAAAUACUGAAGAAACAACCAUGACAGAUUGUGUAGUAUGAUAAAGCAAGGAGUAGUACAGGAAAAGAUAGCUGAUCUAUCCAUGAACCAGUUGCCACCACUCAGUAAUCUACCGCAGUGGUCACGCAUCAACACACUGGACAGGGGACGCUAUCCAAAACCGUUUGUCAAGGACAAACACAAUCCAAAUGUGGAUGGAAAGAAGGAUGAAGAAAGUGAAGAGGAUAAAGAUGUAAUGGAGAUGAAUCCUACUCAGAGAAUCCAUCAUCUAGAGAGGAGUAUUGGGUUCCUUAAACAACAACAUCAGGAAGUCCUUAGGUGUUUACAUGAGGAAAUAGAAGCACUGAAAAAGGAAAACAAAGAUCUCCAGUUCAAGAUUAUAAUGAGUCAAAAGAAUCAACAACAGUCAGAAAAACGGAGUGCUAGUACUAAUAGUCAUAAAAGUCGGAAAGAAGAAUCUCGUUCACGAGGUGGUGCUGGUAUGGAUAAAGAAUAUUCCUCAAAUUCUCUGAUCUCACAAACUAUAGAAAUAACUAGCUCUGCUGGACGAUCUCGGGAAGAAAGAAUAGAUGAGUUGAAGAUUAUAUUUUUAGAAGAAGAAAUCAAAGAAUUAAAGCAUGCAUUACGAGAAGCAAGGAAUCGUAAUACUUAUCUGACUAACUUGUUAGAACAAGCAGAGGAUGUUAAAAAGAAACAGUCACAGAAGAUAGAAACUUUACAAUAUCAGGUCACACAAGGUGGAGGACCUUUAGCUGAACAAUUAACUUCAGGGAAUAUAACUCUCUUCAAUAAUCCUCAGCGACCUCCAGCAUUGUCUGAGUGUGAAGCUGUUAUACGACAUCUUCAACAUGUAAAUGAACAACAAAAACAUGAGCUGGAUUCUUUGAAGUCAGAUCUGAGGGAUGUUUUGUAUUCCCAUAAGUGGACACCUGAUGCCUAUCUCCUUGCCAAGGCCUAUAUAGCAGAAGACGAUGCCAAAGAACAAGAUAAAACACUACCUAAAUUAACUCUUAAAAAUCCGUCCAGAAAAUUGCCAGAUAUAGCUUACAUAAAUCAUGAUUCUGUCGUCCUCCCAGCGCUAAAACAAACCGUAGGUAAUAAAGCUGCCGAAAGGAGAAAGAGAACACAGAUUUUACAGAAAGCCAGAUUACGAAAGGAGGUGUUACCAUAAACCAUUGUUUGGCUGUGAUAAUGUUGUGUGUUAUCAUGUGUCCAUUCUGUUUAUGUGUGCAAGUGUGUGAUUGUGUAGUGUAUGACUUACAUGUUCUUCAUUUUAUCAUUAAUAUUUUUGUUUAUGAAGUCCUAUUAUUAUUUAUGCUACAUAAAUGAUCUACAUUCAUAUAUAUAGCAAGAAACUAGCUUAUUAUAAUCUUAUUUUACAGUAGGGUAGGGCUAUUUACUAUCAAAAACAGAAAACAGAUGUAAUUGUGAUAAAGAUAACAUUUAUGAUAUCUUUUGAUAUCUAUCAUUCCGUCCUCGACACAUUCCUUUAUUUAUAUUUUGUUUGAAGGUUCUAUGCUUUUUUUUAUAAUUUGUUUGUUCUAUGUAUAUUUAAUGUUAAGUCAAUGAAAUGCAUGGCCUUUUUUAUGAAAAAAAAUUUGUCUUGUUUUGAAUAUUAAACAAGGAAUCAAAUUUUCAUGUUUGUUUACAAGUCAAUCCGUCCAUAAUUUUUUUUUUAUAUGUAUUAUCUUUGUCCAGUACAAAUAAUGUGGUGAAUUUGACAGUACAUUUUUUUUAAGUUAUCAAAACUAUUCUAUGACCUUUGAACUUGCAUUUAUUGUAUUGAAAAGGUGUGUAAUGUGUUCUGUACAUAUAUAUAAGUGUACUGAUUAUAUACACCAGGUCAAUGCAUUUUAUUCACUUCAUAAAAUGUCAUUCUCACAUUUUUAUGAGAUUUUGUAUAUCCCUUGUCGGUCACAUCAAGUGUGUUCCAAGAGCUUUUCUCUAUAGUAUGAUUUUAAUGAAUGUAUAUAUGUAUAGUUCAUUUUAUAUUUUAAAACUUAAAACAAAAUGAGAACAAUUCUUAAUUCCAGAAACAAUCUAGGCUGUGUAUCACAAAAAAAACACCACACAAAUUGUUUCUGAAUAAACUGAAUAAUUUUGGCACAGGUCCUUUGUGUAGCAGGCAUUUAUUUAUGAUGUCAGUUUAUUAAAGUAUGUAAAAAUUAAGAUAAGGGGAAGCUACUAAUAACAUACUGCACACUUAUUCUAGUAUGAGAUUGCCCUGACAUCUUAUGGUUUGAUUUGAGGUCUUUUUGGGGCCUUCUCACAGUUCAAGUAACUCAUCAGUGCAAUUUCAGCCUUAAAUAUGUAGACUUAGAAAUAAAAUUGUCAAAUCUCUUUGACUACAAUAAUUGAUAUACUCUUUAGUAUUCAUUAAGAAUAUAAUUUUUCAGUACAAUGUACUGGUUAGUUUCAAAAUAUUUAAGAUGGACCUAUUUUUGAUAUUUUAGGAACCUAACAUAAGUUACCCUGUUCUAAUUGUCAUGAGGUAGUAUGUGAUGUUUGUCACUAGAUUAUGAAGCAUCCUACUAUCAAUCCUUGUUUUUUCCUUACUUUUAAAUCAACUACAAUUAUUUUGCUUGAUUGAUUGUUAUGUAUGGACAAUUUUUAAAAACUGAAUUUUUUAUGCAUUAUAUGCAUUAUUAUCUGUAACUUGUUUUGGAAAUCCUUUUCAUUCGGUUUACUUGUUUGUAACUGUUUCAUGAACUUUGAAUGUUGUUUUUUUCAUAAUUCAAACAAGUGAACAAGUAAAAUUGUGAUUUUUAUGUGUAAACUUCUAAGUCAUUCUGUUUAUAAAGAAAGAUAUUUUAAUGAUAGUACAUUUAUAAUUGUACUUAAUUUUUUUCAGUUAAACUUCAGUGUCAACUUUUCUUCAAUCACUGGCAGCUUCUCAUUUAUAUUUCAAUAUAAUUUAAAACUUCCCUUGUCAUCUGGUCGUCUUCUUCUUUGAAUGAAGUUAAAUCUCACCACUAAGAUGUUUUUUUCUGUAAAAAUAGACAAGUUUGAUUUGUAAAAACAUUGAUUCCUUACACAAAAUAGUGUGAUUGGAUUCAAAUGGAUGUUGAUUGAAAAACAAAUCUAAUUAUAAGAUAAAAUAUGAGAAUAAAAAUAAGGUUCUACAGAAAAAUUCAGUCACCUUUUCUUUCGAGAGGUCUCCUUUUUUGAAGACUUGAAAAGUUGACACUUAUCAGUUUUACUGUUAUUUUCAAUGGCUUUUAGAACAAUAAUAAAAACAAAAUUAGUUGAA